GGGUUUUUUUUGUCUGUUUUGAUUAGACGGCUAUGGAAAAAAAAAUAAACAUAUAUUUAACAUUGAACACGAAACAAUGUGAAAAAAACCCCCUGAUUGCUCAAGCUUUUUUUUUCACUGUGUGGUUUUUGGUAGGGCGGCACUCUAGCCCAAAGACAAGACAAACUAUCAGAUAUCUCACAAACAUAACAGGUUUUUCACCACAGUGCAACUCAGCAGAAGACAUGAGUUUAAGGUAAGUUUAGAGGAAUGUAACAUGCAUAAAGACAGUUAUUUGUCAGGUUUAAUUUUGAUGAAGUUUCAUUUUUCAUGUGAAAAAUUGUUGCACAAGUUAACUUUUAAUCUUUUUUUCAUGAUGUGGUUUUUGUUAAGGCAGAAUCUCUGAAUUAAUCUGAAAAAAAUAUUCAUUUUCAAAAGAACACCCUGCAGCUUUUUCACAACAGUAAAAUUAAAUAGAAGACUUGACAGUUGAUGUUUGCAGUAAGUUGCUGUGUUUUUUUUUUCUUAAAUUUUGUACUUUAUUAAUCCCAUUGACUUUAUAUAAUAUACAAAAACCAGACCCAAAAUCAACAGUUUCUGUCAUUUUAGAGAAAACUGCUCAGUCAUUGUGUUUAACUGUUUUUUAUUUUGUAGAUAUGUUUUUUCUUCUUUUUCAGAAAACUGAAAAUGGCGAACUUCACAUCUGACAAUGUGAGUGAUGGUGCUGCAUACCUUUGUGAUACUAAUGUUCCCACCAUCACUGGUCCCCUCUUCAUCUUGAUCUUCAUCCUCAGUAUCAUAGGCAACAGUCUCCUCUUAUGUGUUCUCUUCAUCUACGAGAAUCUGAAAAAUAUGACAAACAUUUUCAUCCUGAACCUGACCUGCUCUGAUUUGAUCUUCACCAUCACACUUCCAUUCUGGGCUGUUGAUCAUCUACACCACUGGGUCUUUGAAGGCUUUGUCUGCAAAUUCGUGACUGCUGCAUUCUUUGUUGGUCUGUACAGCAGUGUCAUUCUGCUGACUGCCAUGACAGUGGAUCGUUUCAUUACUGUGGUGCUGCACAACUGGCCGAUCAGCCAUGCCAGAAUGAAGAGGUGUGCAAUCGGUGCCUGUAUAGCUGCUUGGGUCAUCAGCAUCUCAGCAUCCCUGAGUGAUGCAAUGAAAGUAAAGGUUGAACACUGGUAUGGUAAAAACUAUUGCUAUUAUGAAUCUGAAGAAAAGCUUGGACGCUAUCUCCAAGUGUCACUGCUAUUCUUCCUCCCAUUUGCCAUCAUUAUUUUCUGCUAUUCUGCCAUCCUCAUGACAGUUUUACAAGGUUUAAACAGAAAGAAGUUCAGGACUGUGGCUGUGCUGUUGUUUAUUGUUGCAGCCUUUUUCAUUUGCUGGGGGCCAUACCAUAUUAUGCUUUUAAUCAAGUCUCUCAAUACAAACAAAGAUUGUAAUGUACUGAAACAGUUAGAAGUUGCCUACCAUAUUUGUGAAAUGCUUGCCUAUUCUCACUGCUGUAUGAACCCUCUGCUGUAUAUGCUCUCACAGAAGUUGCAAAAGCAUCUGUUGAAUCUUUUGCGCUGUGAAAAAGUGAACAGGAAGAAGAGAGAGAGAAGCACCAGCCUGAACACUUCACAACAUUUCACAUUGCAGAGCUCUGCUGUUUAGAUGGAACUGCACAACUAUCCAUUAAAAAGUCACUUGUGAUAUUAAACCUUGAUUCAGGCUUAUACAGUCAAAGUACUUUGAUGUGUAAGUGUAUUAACACACUCGCUGAGGCAAACAAAAGCAGUAGCUUUCGAUAAAAGCUACAGCACGGAAUCUUGGGAUAAUUUUUGAUCAAUCUCUGUCUGUUGAUGCUCAUAUCAAGUCUUUGAUCCGCUCCUGCUUUUUUCAUUUAAGAAAUAUUGCUAAACUUUUCUUUUUCUUCUCCAAAGUUGAAAUGGAGAUGCUUGUCCAUGCCUUCAUCUCCUCCCAGUUAGACUAUUGUAACGCAUUCUUUUCCUGUCUGGCUUCCCUAAAUCACCUUCAAGCGGUCUAAAAUGCUGCAUCAAGGCUUUUAACCCACAGUAAUAAAUUCUCCCAUAUCACUCCCAUGUUAAAAUCCUUGCAUUGGCUUCCAGUUGGGUACAGAUAUCAGUUCAAAAUCCUCACUUUUACGUUUAUGUCCUAGUAAAGGGCCUCACCUAAAUAUCACUGAGCUUCUUCAUCCCUACUCUCCAAAGAGGAUCUUUAGAUCCACUGAGUGGUCUUCUGAUGAUUCCACGGACCCGUUUGAAAACAAAGGGGGAUCGCACUUUUCAAACCCUUGCUCCAAUACUGUGGAACAGUUUACCUCCCCCGCAACACACCAUCGACUCUGUGGCUUCUUUUAAAAAACAGCUUAAAAAAUCUGUUUAGACAGGCAUUUGGGUAAUGUUUGUGUCUAAUAUGUUGUUUUGUUUGACAUGCUUUUAUACUUCCUUUAUAUUGUUAUAUUGUUUGUUUGAUAUGCUUUUAUUAUUCCCAUGUGAAGCACUUUGUAAUAGCUUCUUGUUUUAAAAAGUGCUAUAUAAAUAAAUUUUACUUACUUACUAGUAGUUCACAACAUAUAUAGAUAUGACAAAUUGUAUUUUUUAAUAAACAAAAAGUGUAAAGGUUGGGAUAAACAUAAAGGUCUGCUUGUCAGCAAAUAACUACAGAGUAACUGAAGUAAUGAGGAUUCAUUAAUUCAUUAAUAGUUAAAGCUGUAUCAAUCAGGUUAAUGUCAUGAACUGAAUUAAUAAAUGCAUUGUGUUACAAAUACAUUAGUCACAUCUUGAUAAAAAACAAAUGCAGUUUAGAAGCAUUCAGAAAUAAUCUUGGGACCUGAGAAGGGGGAAAUCACAACACCCAAAGUCCAUCAUGGAUAAGAGCUAUUGUAUAAGAUGAGGCUCAAGAAAUAAAAAAUCACACAUAGCAAUGUUUUCUGC